UGACGCAAUAUCCCAUUGUCUUGUUUGGAAAAAGGCUACAUCCUUGAUGCUGCUACAGUGGCUGCUCAACAGGAUAUUGUUCAGAGCAGCAGGAAGACGUGAUGGAGGAAUAUGAUGAAGACAUUGUGCAGAUGUGUUACGUGGGUGAGCCAAUCAACAUUGAAGCAUGGCAGUGGUACUACAGUGUGGUCGGAGACAAGAGUUGUCCUGUGCUGGAUAAGUGGCGGCAAACAGUCAUUUACAGAUGCAAUGGAGGAGAAGACUUGAAGGCACAGCAGCUUGGACUCAGCUUGGACCCAUGUAGAGCGAAGGAGCAACUUUAUUUGAAGCCGAUCACUCGUUUGCUGGACUUGUAAGUGUUUUACUGGAUUGUGUAAUUUUUUUUAACUUAGGUUUUUUUUUUACUUA